AUGAUGUUUUCUUCUGCAGGCAAGCGCUGCUUCACGAUAGAGUCUCUGGUCGCCAAGGAGAACCCUCUGAUCUCGGAGGAUCCCAUCCGUCCGACGGCUUUAAGUUACUCCAACCCGACCACAGAUACCUUAAUGAACAGUUACCAGGUUCCGGCGGUCAGGACCCUCUACCAGAGCCCGGACCUGGUGUUCCCGGAGAACCACCCCUCCCUCACCGUGGCUCCCCACCAGCUCGGAGGCUCCCACCAUCUACAGCAUCCGCACUUCUUCGGGACGCAGCACCGAGACCCGCUCAACUUCUACCCCUGGGUCCUACGGAACCGGUUUUUCGGACACAGAUUUCAAGGUAACGACGUGUCCCAGGACAGCCUGCUCCUCCACGGUCCUUUCGCCAGAAAACCCAAACGCAUCCGGACGGCCUUCUCUCCGUCCCAGCUCCUCCGCCUGGAGAGAGCCUUCGACAAGAACCACUACGUCGUCGGAGCCGAGAGGAAGCAGCUGGCGAACAGCUUGAGUUUAUCAGAAACACAGGUGAAGGUGUGGUUCCAGAACAGGCGGACCAAGUACAAGCGUCAGAAGCUGGAGGAGGAGGGACCAGACAGCCAGCAGAAGAAGAAGGGAAACCACCACAUCAACAGAUGGCGCAUGGCCACCAAGCAGCCCAGCUCCGAGGACAUAGACGUCACCUCGGAGGACUAAACACCUCCGACAACGCCGCCCCAAUAUGACGCAUCAGAGGACCAACACUAUUUAUUAUGUAAUAUUAUUAAGUAUAACUAGACACCUUAGAGGAAGGACUGAAUAUGUGAUCGCCGCACUUCUCCUCAUUGAGGUGCUACACUGGAAAGAAAAAAAAGCAUCUUAUUUAAUGACAUGCGGAUGAGGAGAGAUCCGACCAAAC